AUGUCCGGUACCAGCUCACCAGAUUAUAAAGCUCUCUUCUUGAAGGAGGUGGAACGACGAAAACAAGCGGAAUACCAACAGCAUCUAGCAGAAGAUCAGCAUAGACAGGAAAAGCGUCGCAAUCAGCCCACAACUUUUGGGGAAUUCAUCCGUGCCUGCCACACCCUCCUCUCAAGACCCUUGAAAGUUGGAACGCUGUCUCAAUCUACACAGGGAACAAUACCACCACCAACAGGGAAAUACUGUCCAACACGGCUUCGCUUAUGGGAAGAUUGCCCGGCCAGACAACAGGCAAUCUACGACCGAGUUUGCACCUACCUGAACCCAACAGGACAGGAUAAGCCACGGGCAUUCCCGUCUUUGGCAGAGCUGGAAGGUCUUGGUCGCCGUCUCGGUCGCCGUCUCGGUCGCCGUCCGCUCAGCAGUGAGCAAGAUUUAGAGAGUUAUGAAAGAUUUGCCGUCGAAGACCACGUCCAUGAUGUGAUCGCACAGCUCUGUGAGAUACCUGAAGCUCGUCACGAGUUUCAACUAGGAAGCGGCGUGCGCUUUGAUAAUCAUGCGAAUGCCCUAGAUGAAGUUGGUUCAUUCAAAGAUCAAUCAUCUUAUUCACGCAAGUCCCGGCCUGACCAGUUCUGUAUCCAUCAAGUCAACGACAGUACCACUACUCUCCUCACAACUGUCGAGUAUAAGCCACCCCGUAAGCUUUCUGUUGAGAAUCUACGAGUGGGACUUCGGCCGAUGGACUUUUGGGAGACAGUGGUAAAUUCGGACACAAUACCAGUAGAUACGGUAGGGAAAUUGAAAUAUAAUGCUGAGCGACUUGUGGGGUCAGCAUUGGUCCAAGAAUACCAUGUGAUGAUUCAAGAGGGACUUCAAUAUUCAUAUCUAACCAAUGGGUUAGCUAUAGUGCUUCUGCACGUCCCUAGCCAUGAUCCAAGUACACUCUUCUAUUAUCUCUGUGAACCUAACUUGGAUCUAAAUGCAGAGAACGACCAAAGCUUCCAGCAGCCAAAGACCUCCAUUGCAAGGGUAUUAUGCCUCUGCCUAAUGAGCUUUGGCUCACCAAUCCGAAACCAGGAAUGGCGAAAUAGUGCGCGGGGUCGUUUGCAUGUAUGGAAGACGAGUUUCGAUCACACCCGCUCACAGAUCCCUGAGGAAGAACUCCAACGAACACCUCCAGAUUCCGGAUAUCCAGGCUCUGAGGUUACCAAUUCAGAGUACGCCAGUUCUGAGUAUCUGCCAUCAUCACCUCUAGAUCCUUCGACGACCAAGGGCCGUCGAAUCCCCACUCGGUCUCAGCCAGGCUGUUCACCAUCGGACACAGUUAACCGUGCCGAAAGGAGGGACUCCCCAGACUCUGAUUCAAAUCCUGGGGCACCGGUACGAAAGCGAAAAAUCAGCAAAGUUAUGUCCUCUCCACCAUCGCAUCGGUCAAUGCGUCAGAGUCCUCACAAUACUGAUCGCAGUCAGUAUCAUCAACAUACGGUGCCGUUUUGCACACAGCGAUGUUUGCUCGGCCUUAAGGAGAGCGGCACGUUGGAUCCCAACUGCCCCAAUGUAUCUCUACAUCGCCGCAUCAAACAUGGCAACCACCAUCCCGUUGAUUCCAAGCGCCUGAUAGAACUCCUUAAUCGGCAAUUGGAUGAAGACCUCGAUCAUAAUUGCACGCCGUUCGGCAGCUGUGGGGCGUCCGGGGCGCCAUUCAAGAUUACUUGUGCUUCAUACGGAUAUACUAUAGUGGGAAAGGGGACUACCUCUCGUCUCUGGGAAGAAGUUUCCCGUGAAGCUCACGUCUAUCGUGUCCUGCAAAAAGUGCAAGGGUCAGCAGUCCCUGUCUUUCUUGGCGCAAUUGACCUCGCAAAAAUUUAUUUUUUACAUGGAGCGGGUGAGAUCUCUCAUAUGCUACUCAUGGCCUGGGCUGGCGAGAACACAAGCAAGCUCAAGCAACAACCGGGGCUGGAGCAACAGAUUUUGCGAUCCAAGAAUGAAAUUCGUCGCCUGGGAGUUGUCCAUCAAGAUCUUAGGCCAGAGAAUAUUCUGUGGAAUCCUGAAUUGGGUCGAGCCAUGAUCAUUGACUUCCAUCGCUCCACUCUAGAUUACCGGCUGGUGAAGAAGCGUCUAGCCGGCGUCAAGAGAUCAUUGUGCAGUACUGAAUCCCCGGACCCAAAGCGAUUACAUCUGUAA